AUGAAGAAUGGGAGAGGUUUCAGAAUUGGACGGAGCCUUGUGAGAGUUUUCAGCUGCUUUCUUCACAGGAGAACUAAGGUAAGAGCCGGACAUAAGCGGUUGAGAUCAGAGGGAUGUGCGAGCAGAGCCAUUUCAAAGCUAUGCAAAUUGGGACGCUUGCUGAAGCAUGGAGCAAAAGGUCUCUGCUUUGCAAGACCCAAUUCGGGUUACAUCCGGGUCGGGCAAGAACCGGUAGAGCCGAAGCAGGUGACCAUACCAAAGGGACAUUUAGCUGUGUACGUGGGUGAGAAGAAAGAUGAUACUUGUAGAAUUGUAGUGCCUGUGAUAUACUUUAAUCACCCUUUGUUUGCUGAUUUAUUGAGGGAAGCAGAAAUGAUUUAUGGGUACAAUCAUUCGGGUGGGAUCCAAAUUCCAUGUCGGAUAUCUGAAUUUGAGAACGUUAAAUCAAGAAUCGCCGCCACGGGCGGUGGUGGAAACUGCCGUGUAUAA